AUGGCGCAGCAAGGCAAGGUGAAAUUAGUGAGCUCAGACAAUGUGGAGUUUGAGGUGGAUUAUGAGGUGGGUUUGCAGAUGGCCAACAUUAAGAAAUUUAUACAACUUGAAGGGAAGGACACCAUUUUCCCUGUCUACAAUGUUUCCAGCACAAUGUUAUCAAAGGUUAUUGAAUACGUGAAAUAUCAUUUGGAAGCCAAAGAAUCUGGGCAGUCAGAGGAAGAAGUGAAAAAUUGGGAUAGGCAGUUUGUGAAUGUUGAUCAAACAACACUUUGUGAUCUUAUCAUGGCUUCUAAUUACUUGAGCGUAAAAGAUCUUUUCGAACUCUUAUGUCAAACUGUAGCUGACAUGAUCAAGGAUUUAGUACCUGAGAAAAUUCGGCAGUUGCUUGGCAUAAAAAAUGAUUUUACCCCGGAAGAGGAGGAAGAACUUAGGCGUCAAAAUGAAUGGGCGUUUGAUUGA